AAACAAACUCCGAUCUCCGGCAUGGCUAUUAAAAAUGGCCAUUGAUCGCCGCCGUCUGGUCGGCUGAACUUGCGAGUUGCGAGGGACUGAGUCAGCUCAGCGAUGUCAUCUUUCACUCAGCUGAAACCUUUAAGCCCUCAAGAAUGGGAAACUCUAAUCGACGACUACAACCACGGCGGCGUGCGGCUUCCCCGCUGGACCUCCACCCACUACACCGGCAUCUACCUCUUCGAACUCGCUAUUUCAUCUCUCGCCCGGAAAGACCUCCCUCUCAACCUCAAGCUACACCUCAUCGUCUUCCUCGAAGAGCACUGCUCCGCCGUUAUUCCCGCAACCACCGCCUCCGCCGCCUUCAUCCGGCUCAACGACACCCUCCGAUCAGUCGUUCAAUCUCCAAACGACGGCGUUUCGAUCACUUUCGCUCUCAAGGAACAGUUUCUUAUCUCCACCACAUCCAUCUUCAUCACGACGAACACCAAAGGCGAGAGCAGAUCGAAUACAAUCAGUUCUGGUCUAGUUCCUCAAUUCGAAUGCCUAAUUGAGCUUCUGCUGACGAUAAUUAACAAACCUAAUCACAGUGUAGAUCGGCAAACCAGGUCCGUCGCCUGUGAUUGCUUACGUGAGCUUGAAAUAUCUUUCCCUUGCUUACUCUCAGGCAUUGUGUCUCAGCUGUGGAUUUUGUCACAGAGCGAGAGAACUCACGCAGGCCAGGGAUAUGCGCUGCUAUUGACCACAGCAAUUUCAAACAUUGUUAAGGUAAAACCUUACGAUUCAUUCGCUAAUGCUUCUAUGCCCUUGGUCCCUUUCAAUGUUCCGUCUUUUCUGAUUGAUGACGCCGAUGGUGAUGAUAAUCAUUCUAUAGAGAAACGGAUAUCCGACUCGAGCAUUAAGGACCUGAAGAGAGUAGUUGCGUUUCUGCUUGAAUGGCCACACAACUUGACUCCAUGGGGGUUACUGGAGUUCAUGGAUAAAAUAUUGCCUGUUGCUGCAGCUUUGGAUUUGCAGGCCUCCUUGUUGAAGGUGCAAUUCUCAGGACUGCUUUCUACAUAUGAUCCAUUGCUUUGGCAUGCAUUUUUAAGUUUGUAUUUGAGGUUCAAGGAGUCGUUCAGAGGGCAGGAGUUGGAAAUUGCCCGUAGGCUGUUGUUGCUGUCGAAAGAGUCUCAAAACCAUUUGGUUUUCAGAUUGCUGGUGCUUCACUGGUUAUUGGCUUUCAUUGGUCUAUUGAUCAAGAGUGAUGAGGGAAAAAGGGGAAAUGUUCUUGAAAUGAGUUCGAACUUUUAUCCGUCCGUUUUUGAUCCACUUGCUUUGAAGGCUUUGAAACUUGACUUGCUUGCAUACUGCUCUGUUUUGGCUCAAGGAAAUGGAGCAAUGAGCCCAAAAGUGUCUGUGGUAAAACUAUUUGAAGAUGCCCUUUUUUGUGUAUCUGCUUUCAAAUGGUUGCCUCAUUGGAGCACAGAAACAGCAGUCACAUUUCGCGCCUUUCACAAAUUUCUGGUUGGUUCAUCAUCUCACUCAGAAACUGUUUUUGUUCCCAACAAAGUUCUCUCAGAGUCCCCUAUCUUCCACACCGUGCAGAAAACACUGGUUGCCACUAUGUCUGAAAAUAAAGGAAUAGUACCUGCUAUUAUCACCUUCAUUGACCGAUUACUGGCAUGUCAUAGACACCACCUGUUGGGUGAACGCCUACUUAUGGCUUUUGAUGAACAUUUACUUUCUAAACUCAAGCUAGAUUAUAGAUUGGGAUCUUACUUCCCACUUUUAGAAAAAAUUGCUGAGAGUAGUAAAGUAUCACCAAGAGGAUUGAUAGAGCUCCUUACAAGGUUUGUUACUGUUCUUGUUGAGAAGCACGGUCCCGAUACAGGGUUGAGAUCUUGGUGUCAUGGGAGUAAAGUUCUUGGGAUUUGCAGAACAAUGCUUAUGCAUCACUGUAGCUCUAAGUUAUUUCUUGGCCUAUCCCGUCUUCUAGCAUUCAUUUGCCUUUACUUUCCAGAUUUGGAGGUCCGUGACAAUGCAAGAAUUUACCUGCGGAUGUUGAUUUGUAUACCAGGGAAAAAACUCAGGGACAUAUUGAACAGUGGGGACCACCUUCCGGGUGUAUCUCAGUCUAGUUCUUUUUCUACUCUUCACUCUCCUAGGUUUUCCCGGGACCUCAAGAAAUCGAAGGAUAUAUCAUCGUAUAUUCACUUGGAGCGUGCAAUUCCUCUAUUGGUUAAACAAUCUUGGUCUUUAUCACUCCCAACCACCACAGGCUUUGAACCUGGUUACUUAGAACCAAUAAGUGAGCCAAGAAGGGAAGCAGAUAGAAGUGCUGAUUACUCUGAAACCCAUCAAACUAUUAAUCUGCAGACAGAACCUCUACGUGUGCUGGACUCCAAGAUUUCUCAGAUUGUUGAAACACUGAGGAAGUAUUUUUCAUCUAUUCCUGACUUCAGACACAUGCCGGGGUUCAAGAUUAAAAUACCAUGCUCGUUGUGGUUUGAAUCAGAGCCGUUCAGUCGGGUAUGGGGUCCCGAGACAAACGGAUCAGAUCAACUUCCUGCCAUGUAUGCGACCGUUUUAAGUUUUUCUUCUUCUGCUCCUUAUGGGUCAAUCCCUUCAUGCCAUAUUCCUUUCCUUAUUGGUCAACAGCAUCCCCCCAAUGGAAGUAAUUCGUUAGACAUAGUCCCAGUAGGAGAGAUGGAAGGAGGAUUCCUCAAAACUCCAGUGGUAAUUGAAUUGGAACCGCGGGACCCAGUGCCCGGGCUUGUUGACGUGUGUGUAGAAGCGAACACAACCAACGGCCAGAUCAUCAAAGGCCAGCUUCGUAAUGUCACAGUGGGGAUUGAGGACAUGUUCCUCAAAGCUGUCCAUCCGGAUGACAUAAGCAGAGACACAAUGCCAGGCUAUUACAUGGAGUUGUUCAAUGCUCUAUGGGAAGCCUGUGGGCCCCCCGGCUCUACUGGCCGGGAGACAUUCCUGCUGAAAGGAGGCAGAGGGGCUGCUGCGAUCAGUGGGACCCAAUCAGUGAAGCUUCUAGAAGUACCAGCCGCGUCUCUCAUCCUAGCCAUCCAGCAGUGUUUGGCUCCCUUUGUUGUUUCUGUCACCGGUGAGCCUCUUAUUAACAUCUUGAGGGACGGGGAUGUCAUUAGGGACAUUGUCUGGGGCGACAUCACCUCGGAUUCUUCCAAGUAUCUGGACAGUGGGCCCCUUUACCUCAAAUAUCUGGACAACGAAGAAGAAGAAGAAGACGACACACGAGAAGGAAGUGGGGCUCUUCCUCCAGCCAGUAACAAGAGGAACAUGGGAUGCAUUCAGAUUCUCAUUUUCCUGCCACCACGAUUCCAUCUCUUGUUCCAAAUGGAGGUUUGUGAUUCUUCGACGCUUGUUCGGAUUAGGACGGAUCACUGGCCAUGUCUGGCUUACACUGAUGACUACUUGGAAGCUCUGUUUUGUCCAUAGCUAUACUUUCAGAAGAGCUGUGAUGGGCUUCCUAUUCUUUUUCUUCAUUGCUAUAUUAUCUCUUGGAAAUAUCCUUUGCCCUAAUUUCGAGUAGGGAUAAGGUUUGCGUAUACACUUCCUUCCAUUAGUUCCAUACAUUAUGUGAAAUUUUAUCGAGUUUGUAUAGUUCCAAAAUUGUACUCCCCCGGUCCUAAAAUUAAGAUGGAGGUAUAUUAUUGUAUUUGUAUUUCUUGAAUUUGAUUUUUUUUUCUGGUUAUUUAUAUUAAUUUUGGAGGAUAUUCAAAUCAAUUGAGAUACUUAUU